AUGCUUUUGCAACUCAUCUCGAUACUUAAACGGAACCCGAUGAGGCCUAGAGGCAACUGGUUCUUCAGAUGUUGUGAUUAUAUCGUGCUCGCCUGCUGUGCAACUCCCUAUGUCAUACUGGCUUUUACUAAAUAUAUCUUCAAACUCAUUACAAAGUUCUUUUAAUUUAUUAAGGUCUUCACCCUUUACAGUGGCUUUUUCGAAGUCAAUCUUGAAAGUUUGAUCAAUAGUCACCCCUGACUUCCCUAGAGAAAAUAUUUCCUGUGUUUCAUCACUAAAGUUAGUUUCUGCUAAAAUAUUUUCAGAUUCAGUUUUUAGUACUUCACUUGCUAGCCCUAAGGUCCUUCCCUUAAAUAAUCUUUUAGUUGUGCCUGUUGGAUUGGCUAAAAUAAUUUGCACUACACCAUCCUUUGGAUUGGUUACUACUGGAACAAAACUUAUACCUUCUUCUUCAAGUCUAUCAUCCAUUGAGUGAAUCCAGAUAUUAUGCCUAAGCAAUUCAGGGAAAUUAAUUUUAGCUUUUAUUACACUUUGCUCAUUGGGUCUUAUUUCACAAGUCUCUAAUGCGUGUAUUUUGAGAUUCCUUAGAGGCCUAUUUAUUCUAUUUUCAAUGCAUAUUUGAUUUCCUUCUAUACAGAACAUUUUAUUUUUCAAAUCCACAAUAAAAGGAGGCAACUGCGCUAGUGCAUCGCACCCCAUAAUAAA